UGGAUCGUAAUUGAUAUGCAUAUCCUGAAUUUUAUAUCUUUUCAGAUUCACCCAAGUGCCUUGAAGCAGGGAGGAAUUCCCUUGGUUGCAUGUUGUAUCUCUGCAGCUGAACAAGCCAAUGUUCCUAUAACUGUUCACUUUGAUCAUGGAAGUUCCAAGUAUGAGCUGGUGGAAGCUCUUGAGAUGGGAUUUGAUUCAGUCAUGGUAGAUGGUUCACAUCUUCCUUUCAAGGAAAAUAUCUCAUUCACAAAGUUCAUAUCAUUUCUGGCACAAGCAAAAAAUAUGCUAGUAGAAGCUGAACUUGGGAGAUUAUCUGGAACUGAAGAUGACUUGACUGUUGAAGAUUAUGAAGCAAGGCUGACUGAUGUUACUCAGGCUCAAGAAUUCAUCACUGAGACGGGCAUUGAUGCUUUAGCAGUUUGUAUUGGAAAUGUCCAUGGAACAUACCCAGCAAGCGGCCCUAGUCUCAGACUUGAUUUGCUUAAGGACCUGCAUAAAAUGAGUUCAGAAAAAGGAGUUUACCUUGUUCUUCAUGGUGCCUCCGGAUUAUCCAAGGAGCUUAUAAAGGAAUGCAUACAACUUGGCGUCAGAAAGUUCAAUGUAAAUACAGAGGUACGGAAGGCUUAUAUGGAAUGCCUUCGCAACCCCAAGAAAGACCUCAUUCAUGUCAUGGCAUCUGCAAAAGAAGCAAUGAAGGCUGUGGUAGCAGAGAAGAUGCACCUAUUUGGUUCAGCAGGAAAAGCAUGGUAACAAUGUUAUGCGAACCAAUUUGAUCAAUAAAUUGACACUGAAUACUGGGUCAAAAUACGAUAAAAGAAAAAAUCUCAUGUUUCUUACUUUCCCAUCUUUGCUAGCAUUUUCUUUUACUUUAAUUUUUUGAUUCUCUUAUAUACAUUAGCAAGCCAUAGAUCCAACAGCACAAAUUGCAGUUGCGUGUUGGUACAAUAUUUUCUGCACCCUGUAACAGACAUGAGAAGAUAAAGAUCAUCUUUGUAACAUCCUGUGCAUCAAAAUGGUUUAUUUAACCAGUCAGAUA